AUGAAAUUAAAACUCGUGAUACGUCAUGAAACCAUAUUAUCUGCCGUAUUACGUACAAUUCCAUUGACUAUAACUCUUCGUUUACCUAAAAAUGACACAUUAUUGCAAACGAUUCGUCGUAAACGAGCAGCAAUGCAACUUGAUAUCGCGAUAAUGAAAAUAAAUAAUCACAAUUUAGGACGAAUUGUAAGGGGAGAAAAAGGAAUGGAACGUUAA